AUGGUAGAAUCCACAGCAUUAUUCGAUGGAAUUCAAUUUUUAAUUCAAGAUCACAAAUUGAUCAAACAAUUAUUUGACCAAUGGCACAAUUCUUCUUCACAAACGGACAAGAAUAACCUUGUCGAACAAUUUAUUCGUGAAAUUUGUAUGCAUGCCUCAGCGGAGGAACGAUAUUUAUAUCCACUCAUUGCUGAAAAGAUUCAAGGAGGAAAACUUCUCAGUGAAAGAAAUUAUUUAGAUGAUCAAUUGAAUAAGGAAAUGUUACAAUUCUUACUCGAUAAUGUCAACUCUCAAAAGAGUGACAUGGAUCGAUUUGUGUUUAACAAGACAGUCGAGAAGUUUAUUCAAAUUGAAUUGGAACAUUUGCAACAAGAGGAGGAAGAUGUUUUUCCAAGAUUGAAAGCUGUCUUGUCACAGCAAGAAUUGGUCAAUUUGCACGGUGAUUUACAAACUGCGAAAAGUAAUGCUCCUACUCAUCCACAUCCAAUGGCACCCAUGAAAUUUGGAAGUAAGAUUUUACAUCCUUUGGCAGGUGCCAUCGACAAGUUGUUAGAUUAUGGAAGUAAGCCCCAUACUGAACCUCUUCAUACGACAACUGCCACUUCUACUACUGGAAGCGAGUUGAGUGGAACAACAAGUAGUGGCACCACAACGUUCAGUGGUCCCAGUGAAGUGAAACAGCAAGAACAAUCCACUCUUCCUGAAGAGAAGCCACUGUUGAGUGAGACCUAUGUUCCUGGCACGAGUCAAGUCUCCGAUGAACAGAAAAAGCAAUCUUAUGGCUUUAAUAUUUCAGACAUUCCUGUAGAGAGAUCUGAUCAGACUUAUACGACUGAUGUCAUGCGUAUUUAA